AUGGCGGCCACAAAGCUCUGGGCCUCGGUGGCCAGCGCUUGCCUCGACUGCGACAUCGUCGCCUUGUACGCUGAGCUUGCCACGUCACCGGCGCUUGCGCUCACAGAGCUCGUGAACGUGAUCGCGCUCUUGUUCGUCACGAGCGUCGUCUACACGGCGCUCAAAGUUGCGCCGGCGUGGGUUGCGAUCGUACCGUUCGAAUACGACCUUGGCUUCUUCAUACUGCUGACACUGCUGCAGUACGGCGUCUACCGCACGCGCAUCGAAGACAUGUUCGCGCCCUUUCUCAUGGUUUACCAAAGCACCGUGCUCUGGGAUUUGUUGCAGCUCGCGGGCGCGGCGGCCGGCCUCGCGUCGCUCGCCGUGCUCUGCUACUCCAACCCAAACGAGUUGGUAACGGUGAUUGAGCUCUUCUUGGGACCGCACUUGACGCCACAUGUCCUCAUCUACCUCCCCGUCGUGCUGCACCAAGUCUUUAUCGUGCUGCGCCUAGCGGGCUUACUCCUCCUCCUGCAGUGGAUGGGCUAUGUCCUCACGCUGCCGUAUGUGCGCUACCGCCACCACACCAAGACACAUACUAGCACAUUGUAA